CGCGCGCCGGGCGGCUGCGCACAGUCGGUAGCGGCCCCAGCAAAGCGGUUCUCUGGGAGGUUGGGGCUGUUAACAACCGCGGCUGGAGCGGUCGCCAUUGCGCAGGCGCCUUAAGAAGUGUCUCGCGGGUGUCCCUUCGGGUGUCCCUUCGGGUCUCCCUUGGCCCCGAGGACCCACGAGCGCCGGGUUCCGCCAGUGCUGAGUUCCGCGUGCAGGCAGCGGUCGUUAAGUCCCUGGUUCCGAGAGGGUGACAGCUUCAGUCAACAAACGUUUGAAUGACUGCAUGUAAAAAGAUCAUCUACCCGGUGUGUUUGAAGGAAAGAAAGUCUCUGUCUUCAAGUAAUCGCGGUUUAUUUGGGAGAAAGAACAACACACAACCGAUGGCUCAUGCAUGAACUUAAUCAUCAUGAACCCUGAUUGCUCUCCUUCAACACAUUCAUUAUGAAGUUAUUAGUAAUACUUUUAUUUUCUGGACUUAUAACUGUUUGUAGCAGUAACUCUUCCCAUAGUUUGCCACCCAGGUUACUACUGGUAUCCUUUGAUGGUUUCAGAGCUGACUAUCUACAGAACUAUGAAUUUCCUCAUCUCCAGAAUUUUAUCAAAGAAGGAGUCCUGGUGGAACAUGUUAAGAAUGUUUUUAUCACAAAAACAUUUCCAAACCACUACAGUAUUGUGACAGGCUUGUAUGAAGAAAGCCAUGGCAUUGUGGCUAAUUCCAUGUAUGAUGUAAUCACAAAGAAACACUUUUCUGACUUUGAUGACAAGGAUCCUUUUUGGUGGAACGAGGCAGUACCUAUUUGGGUGACCAAUCAGCUUCAGGAAAACAGAUCAAGUGCUGCUGCUAUGUGGCCUGGUACUGAUGUGCCCAUUCACAAUACCACACCCUCCUAUUUUAUGAAUUACAGCUCUUCAGUGUCAUUUGAGGAGAGACUAAAUAAUAUUACCACUUGGCUCAUCAAUUCGAAUCCACCAGUCACCUUUGCAACACUCUACUGGGAAGAACCAGAUGCAAGUGGCCACAAAUAUGGGCCCGAAGAUAAAGAAAACAUGUACAGAGUGUUGAAAGACAUAGAUGACCUUAUUGGUGAGCUUGUCCACAAACUCAAGGUGCUAGGAUUGUGGGAAAGUCUUAAUGUGAUUAUUACAAGUGAUCAUGGGAUGACCCAGUGCUCUAAGGAGAGACUGAUAAACUUGGACCUCUGCAUUGAUAAUUCAAGCUACGCUCUUGUAGAUUUGACUCCAGUUGCUGCUAUCCUUCCUAAAAUAAAUACAACAGAGGUUUAUAACAAACUGAAAGCCUGCAACCCUCACAUGAAUGUUUACCUCAAAGAAGACAUUCCUGCCAGAUUUCAUUACCAACAUAAUAAUCGAAUUCAGCCUAUUAUUUUGGUUGCUGAUGAAGGCUGGACAAUUGUGUUAAAUAAAUCAUUACUGAAAUUAGGUGACCAUGGUUAUGAUAAUUCUUUGUCCAGUAUGCAUCCGUUUCUAGCUGCCCACGGUCCUGCAUUUCACAAAGGCUACAAACACAACACAAUUAACAGUGUGGAUAUUUAUCCAAUGAUGUGCCACAUCCUGGGAUUAAACCCACGUCCCAACAAUGGAACUUUCAGUCAUACUAAGUGUUUGUUAGUUGACCAGUGGUGCAUUAAUCUCCCGGAAGCCAUUGGAAUUGUUAUCGGGGCGCUCUUAGUCUUAACCACGCUAACGUGCCUCAUAAUAUUCAUGCAGAAUAGACUGUCUGUACCCCGUCCAUUUUCCCGACUUCAGCUGCAAGAAGAUGAUGAUGACCCCCUAAUUGAGUAGCAUGUGCUGGAGUUUCUACAGAGUAUCUUUGAUUAGUCACGAAACCAAGGAUACAUUCAAGGGAUGGUGUUAUAACUAUGAAAAAUCUCCUCUGAAAGACAGAGAACUUAGACCAAGCAUGCUAGAGUUAUUCUGUUUUUCCUUGUGUUUUGUUUUGGUGCAUCAGAUAAUACAAAAAACCCUGACCAUAGUAAAAGUUGCUAGUAAAUGGUUAGUCAACACCACCUCUUUCUCUAACUAGAAACCUUUUUUUAAGAAAAAUAUUGCCUCUGCCUUUUUUUUUUUUUUGCAAUGAAGAUUUGACAUAGUUUUGAACAAAAACAUACCCAAAUUUAGUAGGCAUGCUUUUCUAAUAAAUUUUUAUACUUGUAACUGAAACAACAGAAAUCUUUUUGCAAUUAGUGGAUUUUAUGUAUCAGGAAGGAAAAGUUUUCUAUAUUUUUAUAUUUAUUAACUUUAAUAGAAUUUGUAUCCUAUGUAAACCUGUGACAUAGGAAAACCUCUGUGAUGGUUAACAAAACUGGUUAAGCAGGCAGGACAGAUCUAGCAUAUGAAGAAACGCUUUUUAAGAAAAGCUACUCUAGAACACAAAACAAAGACCAUGUGAUACAAAACCCAAGUCUUCACCAUUGUGUCUUUGUUAAGACCUGUAAACUGUUGGAGCCUCAAAAGAUAUCUUUUGAAGAUUGUUGCUAAUAAGAAAUUAAGAAAAUAGAAUUGCUUUCCUCUAUUUGUGCUUAAUGCCUUUAUGUAAGCUAUUCAUUUGUGUGCGUGUAUGUGUCUCUGUGCAAGUGUGUUUGUGUGAUGAGUAUGCAGACUCCCUGGGACUUAGAGAAAGUGUCAGAGGUAGGCUCACUUCCCCAGAACAUGGCUCUCAGGAGAAGGGUAUAUUUGCACUUCCUAUUUGUUUACUUUCUUCUGACUCACAAGCUAAAAUCCUAACUGAAAAAAGCUCAUCAGUUUUUGUUGCCAUUUUUUACUUUCUCAUGUUAUCUUAACCAGAGGUAUCCAAGUCUUGCAGCAAAAUUUGUGAUCUGAAUACAAAUCUGGUUUCAGUUGGGUCAGAAUGAGAAAGAGAGAUUUUGAUAUCUACCUUUGGGACAUUAUGCCUCACGGAAUUUGGUAUCUUUUGAUCUUUUCCACUAUUCAGAUGUUAAAAGUGGCAGAAGAAACUCUUAAGCUCUGUUAACCUUCUGUAGCCUGAGUGCUGCCUCUGAUUUUCUUCAGUGUUUGGUUCGUAGAAAUAAUCACUCUGCUCCUAAUUUUGCAAACAUACCUGUUCAGAGCCAAGCAUCUGCUGUGAAGAACGGCUGUCCUACCUUGCCAGGUGGUACUUUCUAAUAAGAAUUAAUAUGCAGAAAGUGAGUUGUGGUAAACUAGAUUGUAUCUGUUACAGGAAAAACUGGAUUUGAGAACCAUCCAUUGGGACCCGAGGCAAGCCAUUAGCAGUGUGAUCUUCAAAGUUCUGACAAUAUGAAAGAAACUAGAUCACUGCCUUUCAGAUAAAAAUAAAUUAUCCACAGUAAAUAUGCAGCCCAGUUAAGUGUUGAUCUUUUAGGAUGGUAAAGAACAGUGCUGCCAGUCAUCAAACAUGUAAUUCACCCAGUUUGGUCACUGCUAAUUUUGUGAUCCUAGCAUUUGACACCUAUUGUUUGGGGAGGUGCCUGAGAAGCAUUUGUAGCCUGCACAAAUAGUCCAUGCUAUAGGUCCGAAGUUGACUGUAUUAAAAACAGCAUCAUAAAUACAUGAAAUAAAACCAAUAGGACUAAUUUUGCUUUCUGGCAGAUUUUUUUUGAUUUUUUUCCUCACAUAAAAGUUAUCCUAAAAGGUAAUAGUAUUUUUUCUGAACAAAAUAAAAAUUUCUAUUUCAAUUUCCAUUAAAAGAAAAAAAACAAAACAGA